AAGAGGAUCCCCAGCGCUGCCAGCGCGUGCAUUGCAUGCAUGCUCAAUCGGUUGUCAAUUUAUUUGGUUCAGUUCGCGGCGUCGCAGUUGUGAGUGUCGGUUUGUUCCGCAAGCUAGACAUUGGCUCCUUCAACUCCGAAAUGAUGAAGUGGGUGAGCUGAAGGCUUAUUGGUUGGCGGCGAGCCAAGGGAGAAACACAAAUCCAGGCAAGAACGAUCUCUUGCACCAUGGAGUCUGACAAAGUUAUUCCAGUACGCGUUGCCGUGCGCAGCCGGCCACUCGUCUCCAAAGAGCUCAUUGAAGGCUGCCAAGCCUGCGCUCGGACAUUUCCAAACAACCAGUGCAUCGUACUCGGCGGUGACAAGACGUUUACGUAUGACUACGUUUUUGGGGAACAGUCCAGUCAGGUGGAGGUGUACGAAGCCUGCGUCUCCAAGCUGCUGCCUAAGGUGUUCGAAGGCUUCAACGUCACAAUCCUCGCAUACGGCCAGACGGGAUCUGGAAAAACGUUCACCAUGGGCACGUGCUGCUCGUCGAACUGUGCGAGGUCUGAAGACGCCGGCAUCAUUCCGAGAGCUGUGCAGGACAUUUUCAGGCACAUCUCUUCUCACAACGACAAGAUCUUCCUCGUGAGAGUGUCGUUUCUCGAGAUCUACAAAGAGGAUGUGUUUGACCUGUUCUCCAAGAACCCAGAAAGAGAGUCCCUGAAUAUUCGAGAAGACCAGACGGGAGCCAUAAAGAUUACCAACUUGACGGAAUUGAGCGUGACCACUCCCGAAGAGACGAUCCGUCUUCUGGAGGUGGGCUCUGCGUCUCGGAGCACCGCCUCGACCAACAUGAACAUGCGCUCUUCACGGUCGCACGCCAUCUUCACGCUGAUAGUCGAGCAGCAGGACAAAUCAAGCAGCGGUGCCGUAAUGGUGGCGAAGUUUCAUCUUGUCGAUCUCGCUGGCUCCGAGAGGGCCGGAAAAACCAAAGCUGUUGGAGAAAGGCUCAAAGAAGGCAUCACCAUCAAUCAAGGCCUUCUGUCGCUCGGGAACGUCAUCAGCGCCCUCUGCGACGGCAAUUCUCACGUACCUUACCGGAAUUCAAAGCUGACACGUUUACUGCAAGAUUCUCUGGGGGGCAACAGCCACACAGUGAUGAUUGCCUGUGUCAGCCCAGCAGACAGCAACCUGGAGGAAACCUUGAACACCCUGCGGUAUGCCGACCGGGCAAGGAAGAUUAAGAACAAGCCGGUCGUAAACAUUGACCCCGUGCAAGCGGAGCUUGCCCAGCUGCGCCAGCGGCUCCAGGACGCGACUAUUGAGCUCAUGAGAUGCCGAACUCUAGGCGAAGGGGGAUGCCAGUCUGGAGAGAACGACGAUUCCAAGAAGGAGCUGGCGCUGUUGCUGGCACGGAACACAGAACUCGAGAACGAGAACCAGCGUCUGAGCGGGGAGCUUCACCACGCGCUUGAUCAACUCGGCGAGAGCUCCGAACGUCUGAUCAUCACCGAGCUUGAGGUCCAGAAGCUAAAGGAGCUAGUUGUUCAGCUGUCUGAGAAGAUUGAGAACAGUCACCUGGCAGACGCUGAUGGUGAUCAUGCGACCAGUCUCCUGAAGGACCUUCAAAACUCCAUAAUGGAGUUCACGGCUGGUGAGCAGAGCCGGCGCAAGCUGAGCGAGUCUCUCUUCAGGGUGGACAAGCCUGCCACAGCCGAUGACAAAGAGAUGGCUACCAUCGAGGAGGAAGGCUCGGAUACGUCCCUCGGCGAAGGAACGGUGAACGGUGCUGCCGAACAGACGCACAAGAUGUUGAUCAACCAGUCUAGUCUGGAGGCAACCAUGCGGCGUGCCGCGCUGAGCAAAGAGCUCGAGGACCUGAACAGGGUGUUGCAAGCCAAGGAGGAGCUUGCCAGCAAGAUGUCCAUGAAUGACCAGCACCUCGAGGUCAUGAAGAUGCAGUUUGAGUCAACCAACCGUGACCUUGAGUGCGAGAUAGCUGCCCUCAAGAAAGAACGUGACGAGCUCUCCACCCUGCUGGCAAGCCAGCAGAAGUCUGCUAAAAGUGCGGCCGGAAACAAGGUGGCGGAGCAGCGGCGCAAGCGCAUUCAAGAGCUGGAAGAUCGCGUUGGCCAGCUGCGCAAGAAAGUCGACGAGCAGUCCCGCGUGAUCAGGCUCAAGGAGGAUGCAGAGCGCAGUGCCAAGAGACUCCAGCAGGAAAUCUCGAACAUGAAGCAGGCGAGAGUGCAGCUCAUGAAGCGAAUGAAGGAAGAGUCGGAACGCCACAGGCGACAGCAAACGGAGCGCAACCGCGAGGUCCGGGCCCUGCGGAUGCGCCAGCAGCAGCAGACGGCGCAGAUGGCUCGCAUGGAGCGCCAAAACGCACUGCGCAUCAACGUUAUGCAGCGGCGCAUGGAGGAGGCCUUGGCUGCCAAGAACAGACUCGAGGCUGCUCAGCGUCGCCGCCUGGAGAAUCGUGCCAACGCCAGUGGCUUCGACAGCCUGGCAUCACGCGUCAAGGCAAGGACCGUUCACAUUGAGCUUCUUGUCGUGUCGGAAAGCAAAAAGCUGGAGCACCACCUGGUCUCGCUCAUUGAAGAGCGCAAGGCCAUCGCCAUUGAAAUUCACACAGUCGAGAAGCAGCUGAAGGACCCUGACAUGCCUCAACAAGAUAGGGCUGAAUACGAUGCACGUCUCCAAGAGCUGAAGAGUGCCCUGAAAGAGCACAACGACAAGAUUGCCGAGCUCCAGCAGAAGAUCCUGGACGUCGAUCCUGAUCGGCACAUCAAGAACCUCUCCUCAAAUGUGACGGACAUCGUUGAAAGCCGGGCCAUCGCAACGAGUCUGUUCGAGAUGCUUGUGACAGAGAACAUGGCCACCUACACAACGGCUGCCAAGCUGAGGGAACAGGAGCGCGCAAUGGCCGAGAGCCAGAAGCAGAUUGAGCAACUGGAGGCCAGGUUGCAGCAGGUUGAGACGGACUUCGACAUGAAGCUGACAGACCUGAACAAGCAGCACCAAGAAGAGAAACUCUUCCUUCUCAAGCACACUGCCAGCACAACACUCCAGUCAAACCCAGACAUGGAUGUUUCCAUUGUGGAGAAACUGGAAAGCCAGGUCCAGGAACUAUCGAGGCUGCAGUAUGUCCACGAUGAGCUCAAGAAAAAGUCUGAGGAGGUGGAGGCCUUGGAAAGGGAGCUCGCGAGCGUCAAAGGUGGCCGGGUGGCGUUCUUCGAGGAAGUUUCUUCUGCCAAAAAGCCCAAGAAGAAGCCACUGAUUUCAAAGACUGGGAACAAGCCACGCUUCGUCACUUUGGCCGACCUGGAUACAACCAUAGAAACAGACUUCGACAGCGAUGGAGAAAACGACCCAGAACAUGACCCAGACUGGUGCCUCAGCAGUGAAUUACGCCAGGCCAGCCGCAAGCGGAAGUCGCAGGAGGAUGACAAGCCUAAAGUUAUUAAGCGCUCCACAUCAGCGACUGCCUGCAAAUGCCGGGGAUCAUGCCGUUCAGGGCGCUGCGGCUGCUCCAGGAAACAGAGGAGCUGCUCCUCCCUCUGCCAGUGCAAGGGGGAGUGUUCGGUGCUACAGCACUCUGAAUCCGACUUGAGCGUGAAAGAGGACACGCUGGCAGAAAGCUUGCCAAAAACGCAGCUUUCUCUCAGAAGCAAGAACUGAUGCCUCAUAGUGUGUACAUAUGUUUUUAAUCUUGCGUACAAAUGUUUUUUACAUGACGUAUAUUUUGGAUGACUCGGCCGCUCAGAGUCUUCUACCACAUCUUUUAAGGGACACGGCACUCGAUCAUGGUAAACAUGCUAUUUUAAUUUUGACCAUUUUAAUGUCUUCAUUGUUUUCAAUUGCUUUCUACAUCAUUCAUCGCAUCUUUCUGUAUCUGACAAAUUUUACCUCUGACCUUUGGCAUCCAUCAAGACCUUCUUUAAGUAACUUUGUUCUAUAUGGAUUAUAUAUAUAUAUUUAUAUAUUAAAGAUGACAUUGGCAGUAGUCUGCAUAGUUAACUGUUCACACCUGACGUUCUCUGCAUAAUUCCUCGAUCAGGUCAGCUGACCUGCAUUUAUUCACAUCUUUAAUGGAAUGCUGAAGCUACAAGAAAACAAUUUGGUUUUCAAUUUGGGUACAGCAUGUACAGUGUGUUUAUGUAGACUAUUUUUUGCUAAUGUGAACUGUAUAACACGAGCUACACAAACCCACCAAAAAUAAUUUACAGAUGUCUUUUGCUCGUCUAAUUCUUGCAUGAUGCCUUUGGGCUAGGCGGUUAUCUGUCGAUCUACAAAUUAUGAAUAAAUGUGUCCAGAAAUUCCAAGCAAAUAUCCAACUGAAUGCUGCCAACUAGCAACAGCAGUCUUCAGUCCUUUCAUUCCGAAGAGUGAGCAGAUGCGAUAACAGAGCACUGUUCACGGGACUUAGUUCAAUAAAACAUUUUGCUU